AUGGGAAAGCCAGCAAGUGCACCAUCGCAGCCGAAGGCCGAGACUGUAUCGGGGGGAGUCUCCAUCACUACACUGUUUGUGCUUGGCGUUGCUUUGCUGAUGGGCAUACGUGCUAUAGAAGGACCUGCUCUCGAUGCUAAAACUGGAACAAUUCAAUUGGCCGCCCAGAACGGG